UGUGCUCUGUCGCCUUUAGUUAAAAUUGUUGUUAAGAACAAAUUACAGUUAUAGUGUCAUAUUUGCGUUUGACGUUAACAUUUCAAUUAAUCUAGUUUUGUUUUAUUUCAAACUCUCUUUAGUCAGUGUCUGAUUUAGUUUAGCAAACCAUUUUUGAUAAAUGGCGGCUGGGCCGAUUGCAGAAAGAAAUCAAGAUGCCACGAUUUACGUUGGGGGUCUGGACGAAAAAGUAACUGAUUCGAUUUUGUGGGAGAUGUUUCUGCAAUCAGGACCAGUUGUAAAUGUGCACAUGCCUAAGGACAGAAUCACCCAAUCACAUCAGGGGUACGGAUUCGUGGAAUUCAUGGGAGAGGAUGAUGCCGACUAUGCCAUCAAAAUCAUGAACAUGAUCAAACUUUUUGGCAAGCCCAUUAGAGUCAACAAGGCAUCAGCCCACCAGAAAAAUCUGGAUGUCGGUGCCAAUCUCUUCAUAGGAAACCUUGACCCAGAGGUCGAUGAAAAGUUACUCUAUGACACUUUCAGUGCAUUUGGAGUCAUCUUGCAAACACCCAAGAUAAUGAGAGACCCUGACACAGGCAAUAGCAAGGGAUUUGCAUUCAUAAAUUAUGCGAGCUUUGAUGCUGCAGACGCUGCAAUGGAAGCAAUGAACGGACAAUACCUCUGUAACAGAGCCAUAACCAUAUCGUAUGCUUUCAAGAAGGAUUCUAAAGGUGAACGACAUGGGUCAGCUGCAGAGAGAUUGCUGGCUGCUCAGAAUCCACUGUCACAUGCAGACCGACCCCAUCAACUGUUUGCAGACGCCCCGCCAAUGAUGAUCCCCAUGAUUCCACCACCCCCACCACCUGGUGUCAUGCCACCCAUCAUGCCCAUGCCACCACCAGCCAUGCAAGGAAUGGCAGGAAUGCACCACCUCUCCAUGAACCAGCCGCCACCUCCCCCGAUGCCACCUAACUUCAUGCCCCCGAUGUUCAUGCAGCCCCCACGAGGAAUGAUGCCACCCCCUCAGCCACCACCUCCUGAAAAUCAACAGAUGCACCCACCUCCGUCCAUGAUGGGUGGAAUGCCAAACUUCCAGGGAGGACCACCCCCACCUCCAAACAUGGGCGAUUGGGGACAUCCAAGAAAUAUGAUGCCCCCAUUUGGACAUCCACCACCAAUGCCUCCUCCAGGCGGACAGCCGAUGUCCCAUGGCAACCCCUCCAUGCUGCCUCCUCCUCCACCCCCUCCCGGACAGAUGGGUGGACCCGGACAGAUGGGCGGGCCAGUACCCCCUCCCCCUCCACCAAAUUUCUAGGGGAACGUUUAGCGUGCGACUUAGCCUCUAUAAAUAUUUUGACAAUUGCCUUUUUUGUAAGAGAGUUGUGUGACUGGUGUAUAUGAUGUUGCAUGCAACGACUCUAGUGAAUUGAGGUCAUUUGUAACAGGUCUGGAACGUUUCUGAAUGAUGAUGCUCGUUGCCUCGUUACAUAGAUAGUUAUAUUUCUCAUUCGUCAUGGCUUCCAUUGUUCAUCGGGUUUCAUGAUCUUAAUGAGUUUAUCACACUAUCAAUGUCGCCGCCAUUCUGUUGUCCACAUCAUCAUCAUCAUCCUUGUCAUCAUCCUUAUCAUCAUCGUCAUCUUUGCAUUAUUUAAUUUAAGGUCACUGAAUAAACUCCUUCAUCCGAUUGUUAAUAAUAACCAGUCGUUUUAUUAAUAAAUUUUACCAAUAAACUUGCGCCUAUAAAGUCUAAUCCCAUAAAAAAUGUAAUAUAUACAAAGCAACGAGCAACACUCGUUUGUACAUACAAAAAUGCAUACAAAUACACGUAUGCAUGUAAUUUGUAUACAAUUUCAAAUACAGAUAUAUAAUUUCAGUAAUUUGUAUACAAAUUCAUACAGAUAUAAUUGUCUCCACUUAAUCAUCAUCAUCAUCGGCAUUUGGUAUUUAUUUUAAUUAAAACAAUUUGUACCGCUAAGGAACAUCUGAGAUUGGUUGUGUCAUCAAGUAAUGUGCCAUUCCAUUCGUUCACUCUAUUAUUUAUUCGUUCGUUCAUUUGUUCACUAUUUUAACCAUCCAUCCAUCAAUCAUUCGAUCCUUUAUCACACAAUAUUUAUUCAAUUAAUUAUCUCGCGAUUUUAAAUUUAAAGAGUUAAUAAUGAAUGAAUAAAUGAAUCUAAUAAAGUUCUAAACAUUUG